AGGACAUAUGAGCUGGGAGCUGAUAGACCAUGUAGAGUCAAGUUGGCGAAUGAUGUCACCUACAAGAGGAUGAACCAAACCAUGACCAGACUGCAGAAUUUCAGCGAUCAGGAGUACACACCCUUCAUGCGCGUGCUCUUUGGGCAAGGCUCACCUUCGCCCCUCCCAUCAGAUCUCAACGAUCCCUCGAAUACCCUGCACAAGCUGGAAUUCAAAGACCCGAGCUUGAACGACAGUCAAAAGGAGGCUAUUAGAUUCGCUCUAGCAUCUCGAGAAGUUGCCCUCAUCCACGGCCCUCCGGGCACAGGAAAGACACACACAUUGAUCGAGCUGAUCUUGCAGCUGCUCAAGCAAAAUCUCCGUCUCCUUGUGUGCGGUCCGUCCAAUAUCUCAGUAGACAACAUCGUCGAACGACUGGCCUCUCACAAAGUCAACAUGAUCCGGCUUGGUCAUCCUGCUCGGCUCUUACCAUCUGUCCUAAACCACUCGCUGGACGUGCUCACCCGCACAUCAGAAGCUGCAGCCUUGGUACAAGACGUGCGCAAGGAGAUGGACGACAAGCAAGCUUCAAUACGUAAAACACGUAACGGCAGAGAGAAACGCCAGAUCUACACGGAGCUGAAAGAGCUACGACAAGAAUACAGAGAGCGAGAAAGAGGCUGCGUCAACAACCUCGUUGGAGGCAGCAAAGUCGUUCUCGCAACACUACACGGCGCCGGAGGUUUCCAUCUCAAAGGCCAAGAAUUUGACGUCGUCAUCGUAGACGAAGCAAGUCAAGCUCUCGAAGCACAAUGCUGGGUCCCUCUACUCUGGGUCAAAGCAAAUAAGCUCGUCCUCGCCGGCGAUCAUCUCCAACUCCCACCCACCAUCAAGUCACUGAACUCAAAAGGGUCAAAGGCAGCGAAGAAAGCUGCGACGACUAUAGAUACAGAUUCCUCGGGUAUCAGCAAAACCCUCGAAACCACACUCUUCGACCGCCUCCUCGCCCUCCACGGCCCCAGCAUAAAACGCAUGCUCACAACCCAAUACCGCAUGCAUGAAGCCAUCAUGCGCUUCCCGUCCGACGCGCUCUACGACUCUCAACUCAUCGCCGCCGAUUCGGUCAAAGCGCGCUUGCUCACAGGCCUACCGUACGAAAUCCAAGAAACCGAGGAUACAAAAGAACCUCUGGUGUUUUGGGACACACAGGGUGGCGACUUCCCCGAGAAAAUCGAGGACGAAGGCGUCAUUGGCAAGGGCGGGAAGGGCAUGAGUCUGGGCGAUAGUAAGAGUAACGAAGCCGAAGCGGCGUUGGUCAAGAUGCACGUCAACAACCUGAUCGCCGCGGGUGUGAAGGAAGAUGAUAUUGCGGUUAUUACGCCAUAUAAUGCGCAGCUAGCGCUGCUCGCAGGACUGUUGAAAGAAAAGUAUCCGCAGCUUGAGCUCGGCUCCGUCGACGGAUUCCAAGGCCGUGAGAAGGAAGCCGUCAUCGUGAGCACGGUGCGCAGUAACUCAGAGCAUGAAGUCGGGUUCCUGGGCGAGAAGAGGAGACUCAACGUCGCUAUGACACGGCCGAAGAGACACCUUUGCGUUGUGGGGGACAGCGACACUAUUAGCAAGGGCAGCGCGUUCUUGAAGCAGUGGAUGGAGUAUCUCGAGGAGAAUGCUGACCUGAGGUAUCCGAACCUAGCAGAUGUGUAUACCGAUGAUCAGUAGCGGACGGUGAGUGAGACACUAGGGUAAGCUGGUUGCAUUGUGGGGAUCGAAGUGGAGAGUGACAGCGAAGCAAAGAAGCGAGGCUGCGGAGGCUGUUGGGAGAGGCGAGAACAAGCGAGACAGGCCGAUAUGCUGCAUGAGAGUGGAAUUCGCACUUGGCGGAGAUUUACAGUGCCUUUACUUUACGAGUUGAUUGGUGUUGAGUGCCGCGGGGUCAUGGGCGAUAACAGCCAUCUGACAACUGUAAAGUGCAGUUGAA